UUUACUAUCGUGGCCGUAAGUGUUGUUACUCUGAGCAAAAAUAUGAAUCUUUCUGGGGCUCCAAGGCUCCAUUGACCCGGACAUUUUACGUGACAAACAGCAAAAAGCUCUCCCUGCGAUAACCGCCCAAAAUGCUGCCCCAGUACGAGCGGCUCGAUGACCCCGCUUCCGGUGGCCAGGAGUCGUCUGGUCGGAGCGCAAUCCGAGUCCGCUUCGGAAAGUUGGCUGUGAUUACGGUAUUGUUCCCGGUGGUGGGAUUCCUGUUCUGCGUUGUGUGGUCCCUGCUGUACAACUUCGAGCAAGCCAACGCAACCCACUGCAUGGUGUACAAUUUUCUGCCUUCGCUGUCGGCUGCCAUCGGAAACUAUCAGCCCCAGCGGUUCGUGUGGCAGUUCUCGGUGCUAGUGCAUGCUCUUCCACGAUAUGCUAUUGCAUUUUUGUAUAAAAACUUUCACAUUGGGCUGCUGCGGAAGAGGCGGAAGGAACUGGCCUACUUGGCGUGCAUUCUAAACAUUACCGAGCUUAGUUCCCUGGUCGGACUGACGAUGUGGACUUCUGUGUCGAAUUACGAUGUGCACAAAUUUUGCUUUAGUACAUUCGUAGUCGCAUCGAUGAUCUACAUGGUGACAGUGAUCGUCAUCAAUACGGUAACCCGCGAGGGAGAGCUAUUGACUGUAUCCGAACGGAAGUCUGUGAUGUACAAGAAAAGACUGCUUUUAGCCAAUGUCUGCUCGAUAUUGCUGGCAGUUUAUUUCUUUGUGCGGCAUAAUUCCUACUGUGAACCGGGAGUGUAUUCACUUUUCGCACUGAGCGAGUACUUUUUCGUCUACAGCAACAUUGGCUUCCACAUGACGGCCUAUUGGGACUUUAUCAGUGCCAAUCUGUUCUUUGAUUGGAAAAAUGGUAUCCACUUUUCGUCGGUCUAGGGCUUCUUCUAAACAUAAACGAUAGCACGAUACUUAUCCACUAUUUUAUGGGUAUUGGAGAUGGUAGAGACAGCUUGCACAUCACGGAUGAUGGAAGUGGUGCAACGCACUAAUAGGCAAUAAGUAUUCUAAAUACGAUUCUUAAGCAAAAUAUUGCGCUACUAUUUUGCGGAAAUACUGGUAAUUUGUAAUCGAAACGAUAUUACUGAUCACCAAGAUCUAGCAGUCUUAUGUCGGUUUAUAACAUAAGACUCCUCGCUGCUGUUUUACUGUAGAUGAAUCAUGAUUGU